CAUAUCCUGAGUGGAGCUGGUCUCCGCAAGCCUGCAAUAACGGGGACUGGGAACUGUAUUAUAAGUAGAAAACUAAAACUAAAAAUCCAUAACAAAAAAUAGCUCUGAUACAGAAGGAGAAAGUGAAUGUUGUUUUCUCUUGUUGGUGCACAUCCUGAGAGUAUAUUGGGAGUAGCUUAGAACUCAGAUUUAAGGCUUAACUAAAGGUGAUAGGAGUCAGUCAGAAGAUACCACCUGGAGUGGUAGUGAGCAUUUGGAUCUACAGGAAACCCUACCUUUGAGAGACAGAAUGGCUAUGUAUCAGGCUGCUGCCUCUAGCACAGUCAAAACCUCCACAGCAAAUGUGUCAGAAGAUUCGGAAGCCUGCCUGGUGCCCGGUGGAUUGGCAAGCAUGAAGAAACACUUUGAAAAAUCUGAGGUUGCAUCCUCCCAAAGAGCUGUUACUCAGUACCAGUAUCAGCAGAAAUCAGUACAGCAAACAAGAAAGAGCCAAGAAGUUACAUUCACAAGCAGCAGCCAUGCAGCAGAGCAAAGAACACAGUUUUCUGCUGUGAAUGCACAACAGGUUUCUAUGAAUCAGCAACAUACCCAUGAGACAAGCACAGCAUCUCAUUAUAAUCAAGAAGCUGAUGAAGUCGAAGAAAUAUCAAAGAUUUCGACACAAGUUCUCAAAGAACAAUUUGAAAGAUCUCUCAAGGAAAAAGGAGCUAAGACUAAUUUAAGCACCAUUUCCCAAGCAAAGCAUUCAAAGAUCUAUAAUGAGCAUCCAGCAUUUGAGUGGCCAGUGGUAUCCACCAUCCAUAGCAACUCAGCAAGUAGAGUCCAAAAUGCAGUGACUGAGGAGUCAAGCAAGCAUGUUGUAUCCUCUGAUAAUCUUGCUUCAGCUACAUUUGGAAGUUUAGAAGAGUUUCCUCCUCCACCUCCUCCAGAUAUUUUAGAGACAGAGGAAUUGGCAGAUUUUUCCCAGUCCCCAGAGCCCCCCAGCUAUGCAGAGCAGCAAACAUGUGCUGUGUCCAAAGAAUUAUAUUCCAAGCAAAGGAAUAUUUAUGAGUUAAAACGCUUAUACAAACAUAUUCAUCCAGAAGUUAGAAAGAACUUACAAAAGGAAUUUUAUAAUGAAGUUUCUGAUAUUGUUGCCUGUAAAGGUGAACACAAUGGUGUAGUAAAAGGAGAUGUACAACAAGUUAAAUAUGCAUUUGAAAAUCCAGUGGGUAGUCCUCAGAAGUGCCUUAGCCCAGAAAGAGAAUAUCUAGAAUGGGAUGAAAUUCUGAAAGGUGAAGUGCAAUCAAUGAGAUGGGUCUUUGAAAACCAACCUUUAGCUUCAAUUAAAGAUGAAUCCCCUGAGCCAAGCCAUAUCAAGAGUAUUGGAGAGCAAGAAAUAAUUGCAGGUGGUGAUGUGAAAUACACAACAUGGAUGUUUGAGACAAAACCAAUCGAUGCUUUGGGUGUGGACAUUUCUAAAACUACAGAGAAUACAGAAAAGGUCCCUGAUCUUUCAAGGGGUGAUGUGCGGACAGCAACUUGGUUGUUUGAAACUCAGCCACUAGAUUGUAUGAAUAAAAUUUAUAAGGAGGAUGACUUAUCUAACACAUUGAAAACCACUGAAGACAUUAAAGGAGGUGAUGUAAAAUUAGGAAAGCACUUAUUUGAAACUACUUUUCAAAGUGAAAUCAGCUCACUGAGACUAAGCUCAGAGCUUGAGGAGUGUAAAGGUGAUGUUAAAACAUCAAUUAAGAAAUUUGAAACUGAACCUAAAUAUGUCUUAAAAGAUAGUUUUGGAAAAAUGCUAGAAAUUAAGACUGUUCAGAAAGAAGAGGUAGAGAAAGGAGAUGUGAAAACAGCAAGAUGGAUGUUUGAAACCCAGCCUUUGGAUGCAAUCAACCAGGAUGAAGUGCAAGUUAAAGUUGUUCGGGGCAUAUCACUGGAAGAAAGCCUUACAGGGGGUGUAGGAAAAGCUAAGUGGUUAUUUGAAACUCAGGCCCUAGAUACAAUAAAAGAAGUAGAAAGCACUAUCACAGAAAAAGAAGACAUAAUUGGUGCUGAUGUGUACCAAAAAUGUUGGAUCUUUGAAACUAUUCCAAUGGACAUGCUUAAAGAUAAUGCUAAUGAAAAGCCUAUGCAAGAAGAAGAGAUAAUAGGAGGGGAUGUUAGUAAUACUAAAUAUUUGUUUGAAACAGUGCCAAUGGAUGAACUUAAGGAAAAUGAUGAAGUGGGCAAACUAAAACAAGUAGUUACCAUGGAUGAUGAAAAAGGUGAUGCACGCCAUCAAAGAUGGGUUUUUGAGACAAAACCACUUGGAGAAAUAAGAGAAGACUACAAAGACCAUAUCAGAACUGUUCAACUUGAUGAAAUGCAUAAAGGAGAUGUGAUCAGCUGUAAAAAUGCCUUUGAGAGGGGGGAUUUAACAAAAAGUGAAUUAACAUAUAAAAUUGCAGUUGAAGAUGUUGACAAGGGCACAGUAAAGCUUAAUAAAAAACUUUUUGAAACAACCCCCCUCUAUGCAAUUCAGGAUCGUUUUGGACAUUAUCAUGAAGUCCAAACUAUUCGCAAGGAAGAAGUUGUAAGAGGUGAUGUACGAAACUGUCAGUGGAUGUUUGAGACUAUACCCAUUGAUCAAUUUCGAGAAAAUGUGGAGAGUUAUCAGAUUAUCAAAGGUAUAUCUUCUGAGCAAAUACAAUCUGGCGAUGUUAAAACAGGUAAAUGGCUUUUUGAAACACAGCCACUGGAUUCUUUUAAAUAUGUUAGUAGUGCAGAGGAUGAAGAAAUAAUCACAGAAAAUGAAACUGAUAUUGUUAAAGGAGAUGUCAAGAUGUGUAAAUGGCUAUUUGAAACCCAGCAAAUGGAAGAUCUUUAUGACAAACAGGAUAAGAUGUCAGCCAGUGUAGAUAUUCAAAAGGGAGAUGUUAAAACCUGCACAUGGCUUUUUGAAACACAGCCUCUUGACACUAUACAUGAUGAAUCAGAAAAAACAGAAACUAUUGACCAAAAUAAUAUUCAAGGCAGAGAUGUACAAAGAGUAUGCUUUCUUUUUGAGACAGAAAAUUUAGACAACAUACAAGAAGAAGAGAAAAGGGACUUCAAAAGGGUUGUUGAAAUUGACAUACAGUCAGGUGAUGUAUCCUCCAUGAAAUAUAUUUUUGAAAACCAACCUUUGGAUAAAAUUAGUUCAAAUUCUGAUGAAGUGCUGCAAAAAAUAAAAACAAUGAAACAAGAGGACCUGCAGAAUGGAAAUGUCCUCAGUUGUAAGUGGCUGUUUGAGAAUCGCUCUAUUGAUGAAAUUAAUACAAACCACACGAAAAGCAAAUCAGAAUUUGCCAUUAAUGAUGUGCAAGGUGGCAAUGUGAGAAAAGGAUGUUUCAUCUUUGAGACAUUUUCAUUGGAUCAGAUCAAAGAUAAACAUUCUGAAGAGUACUUUACAAGAACAAUUGAUGAAGAAGAGAUAAUAAAAGGAGAUGUGAAAAAUUAUACUCUGAUGUUUGAAACACAACCUUUAUAUGCUAUUCAGGAUAAGGAAGGAUUUUAUCAUGAAGUGACUACUGUGAAGAAGGAGGAAGUUUCUCAUGGUAAUGUUCGAGGAACAAGGUGGUUGUUUGAGACUAAGCCCUUGGACUCUUUUCAAGAUUCAAAUAAAGUUUAUAUCAUAAAAUCUGUUACACAAGAAGAUAUUCAGAAAGGAGAUGUCAACUCUGUUCGAUAUCGUUUUGAAACCCAGUCACUAGAUACGAUAUCUGAAGACACAAAAACAGUAUUUCGUACAAUUGAAGAUGUUCAAGGUGGUAAUGUAAAGGGCAAUAAAGAACGAUUUGAACAGGAAGAUGAUUCUAGCAAGUAUGUUAGAACAGUAAGCAUAAGUGAAAUUAAGCAGGGCAAUGUUAAAACAUCAACAUGGUUAUUUGAAACACACUCUGUUGAUGAGAUUCAUGGAGAGGAUUAUCAAAAUAUAAAGACUGUGAGUAAAGAGGACAUUGAUGCAGGAGAUGUGAAAGAAGCAGUUUGGCUUUUUGAAAAUCACAAUUUAGAUUUGUUGAAAAAAGGAGAUGAAAAUGUUAAAGAGAUGGAAAGGGAAUCAAUCCCACAUGCUGAUGUUCGAACUACAACAUGGCUAUUUGAAACAACACCUUUACACGAGUUUAAUGAACACACAAUAGAAAAACAAGAUAUUAUUGGAAAAAACAUCCAGGAGACCUUAAAAGAACUUUACAGCCAUAAAAUUGUAGAGUCUCAUGGUAUUAUUUUAGAGGCAGAUGAGAUUGGUGAUAUCCGUAUGGCUAAGUACAAGCUAAUGAAUCAGGACUCUCCAAAAAUACAAAAGGAAGAAAUUAUAAGCGGCGACCUUCAUAGUAUUAUGAUGAAUUUAUUAUCUGAAAACUCCUCCGAAAACAGAAUGAUUAUGUUAAAUGAUGAGGAAAAAGGUAAUGUUAGCUUAACAAAAUGCCAGUUAUUUAACAGAACUCAGGAUAUUCAGGAACAAAAAGAAGAUAUUAUAAGAGGUGAUAUACAAGAUACCAUUAAGAACCUUCUUAAUAUUCAGAAUUUUUGUAAACAAGGAAUACUUAUUCAAGAAAGUGAAAAGGGAGAUAUUAAAAUGACUGUUUACUCUCUUCUAAAUCAAAGUGACAAGAACACCGUGCAACGUGAUGAAGUGAUAGCGGGUGACAUAAAGCACACAUUAUCUAACUUAAAAUCCUUUGGAGUGUCCAGUGAAAACCGAGAGAAAGUGAAAAUAGAAGACUCUGAGAGAGGCAAUGUGCAGUUUUACACUACGUGCAUUGAAUCAGGAGCAUUAGAUUAUCUAAGACAACUGCAGAAAUCAACAGAUGAAUCUGUUGAGGAAAAAGAACAUGAAGAAAUAAUUGGAGGUGAUGUUGAAGGUACCAAACUGCAGCUUAAAAGGCAGCAUUUUCAAAUUGAACGCACUGUUGAUGAAAGUGAUAUUAUCCCAGGAGAUGUAUAUAAUACAGUUAAGGUUUUCAUGACUGAGCCAGAGCAUAAAUCUUUUGAUGUAAAUAAAGAAGAAGUUGUAAAGGGCAAUUUAAGAGAAACCCUAAAUUCACUUAGCCAAGCUAUAAAUCAGAAUGUUACUGUACAGAAAGAGGAGAUUAUUAAAGCUGAUCUCCCUGCAAUGUUGAAAUCUCUCAAUGAAUCACAGUAUCAAAUGAGAGAAGUGGAAAAGGCAGAUGUCAUCCCUGGUGAUGUUCAAAGAACCAUCAAUUCUCUGGAAAAAACAGUAAACAUGAAACCAGAGUUUGUUAAGGAGGAGAUUGUUCAUGGCAACCUUGAUGCUACAUUAAAGUCUUUACAAGAAGCACAACAUUAUGUCAAACAAGUAGAGAAGGAAAAUGUAAUAUCAGGCAACAUUGAUGUAACAAUGAAAAACCUCCUAGAUGUUUCUUCAGAAAAGAAAUAUGUCCAACACCAGGUGAGUAUACAGGGAGAUGUCAGAAACACCAUAAAGAGUUUCAAACAGCCAUCUAUAAAUGUCCAAUGCCAAGAAGGUAAAGUGAAAAACACAAAGCAAAGCACUCAACAAUCAGAAACACAAUGUAAAACUGAAACAGAUUUGUCAAGUGGAGAAUAUAUCACUGCAGGCCAUGAUGACAACCCCCAGAGUUUGGCAACCAACUGCAAGAACCAACAAAGCUUGAACACAGGGCAGGAAACUAAAAACGAGUCACAGAAAACCCUUGUUAAUAAUGUCCCAUUGAAAAAUGAGGAAAACAGAAUUUUGUGUCGAAAAGUGGCUAGCAAAGAUUCAGUCUGCAGUGUAACUGAAUCUAAGUUAAAAAUGAAUAAAACAGCCUGGAAAAAGCAAAACACCAUCUCUGGCACUCAGUCUUCAGAACUAAUAUCUGGAGAGAAAAAAUGUUUACUUCAAGGAUUUAGUGAGGGUCAUAAAGAAAAAACACCUACAGACACAAUCAAUCAAAGCAAGGUGAUACAAAAAGCACAACUGUCAUCAAGUAUUAAUACUUUCAAAUCUACUGCAUCACAACAAGCUAUCAAUGUGAUUAAUGAAAGCAGCCAUCAAGUAUUUGAUCAUGCUCACAGACAAGUGACAAACCAACAGACACAAAUUACUCAAUAUGCUACCAAAAGUCAUGCAAAGAAUCAAGUGGACAUUCAACAAGCAGAAAUUUUAGAUUCUAUCAAUAAUAAUAUUGAAAACAAAGAGAAAGUACAAAUGCCAAAAGAAAGUAAAACCCUUGAGAGUAGAAGUCUAACUAAAAAGAAGUCUAUUGAAGAUGUUACAGUAAAAAGGAAAAUUGGAUCAUCCAUAUCAGAUCAUCAUUUGCAAAUGAAAAAUAAUCCACAAGCUUUAGUUGUGAGAAAAUCAAAAGAGAAACCAGAAAUAUAUUCCCCACCUCCUCCUCCACCUCCCCCACCACCAGUAAUAGAGCCAUUAGCAGCCCAACUUCCUUUACCCCCACCUCCACCACCUUUUCCUUUAAUAAAGACAAACAAUGAGCCUGAGCAUUUUCCUUCACCUCCUCCACCUGUAACUGAUAAGCUGUAUACUGACAUUUUUCCACCAGUUGCACCAGUAACCCCACCACCUCUCACAAACCACAAGGACAAUGUCAACAAAAAAGUAAGUUUUCAGCCAUUUUAUGAGCAGAAAACUCAACAUUUUUCGAAUAACUAUUCCAUAAAGCAGUCAGGGACAAAACAAAAAAGUGGCAAGAAUAAACAAGCUAUAAAAUAUUUUGAGAAACAAAUGCCAGAUGUACCUCCAAAGUCUAAGUUACCUGUCUUUCAGCAUAAAGUGGAAGAUAUCACAGUUACUAAUAAAAGUAAGAGUAAGCAAUCAACAACAUCAGAAUAUGUCCAAAAUAUUUCUGCAACUCAAGUUUCUGAACUACAAAAAAAAGACUCUGAACAAGGAAUAAUUAGUCAAGGAGCAUUAUCAUCCAAAGAAAAAGUACACGUGCCACAGAAUAUACCUCCAACAUUAAAACCUGAGACUGGGAUAGUGAAUUCUAAUGUGUUACAUGUAAAGGUUUCUGAAACCAAUGUGCAAGACAUUGAUCAACUGAUGUGUGAUCAAGAACUAGAGAGAAUCCACAAUGAAACCUUUAAAACAAAGGAAACAUUAUAUUUGCCUCCAAUAGUAUCCCCAGGAUUAAAAACAGAAAGUCAUCUGACAAAAUCCACCCUACAACAUGGAAUUACCUCAAUAAUUAAUGAGCAAAAGAUUUCUCAAACAGAGGCCACAGUUUCCCAACAUGUUCAAAAUAUUCAGAACAAUGACAUAAAUGUACAUGAUUUUGAUCAAGCCAUAUGUGACCGUGAAAUGGAAAGGAUUCAUGAAGAAACUUUAAAACCCAAGAAAAAAACAUUUUAUCCACCUAAAUCAUCCCCAUUUUUGCAACCUGAAACUCCACCAUCAAAACUUAAAACUAAUGUAAGAAAAUUUAAAACUCCUUUAAUGAUUGCAGAAGAGAAAUAUCGUCAGCAGAAAGAAGAAAUGGAAAAAAAUAAAGAGAAGACAUUGUGCCAGGGCAUUAAGUCAGAAGUGGCCGAAUCUCACAUUGUACAAGCUAUGGCAGGAUCAGAAGUCAACAUUUCUGUUAAAGAUUCACAAAAUGUAACAGAGAGAACCACAUGUAAUUUACAUCACACCAAUCAUUCAGUACCUCCUGUACAUGCUACUGAAUCGAAAACAUCUUUUUUGGAGAGGCAAAAUCUAUCAAAACAAAGCAACCAGGUAAAUAUUAAAUCAGAUGAGGCACAAUCUAUAGUCCAAAGAGCACAAGUUAAACAUGAGCCAAGUUUACAGAUGCAGAAAAAAUAUGAAACACCUGAACAUACUAGUGAACAAUAUGUUUCCAGCAAUUUUGAAGGGUCAGACAAUGUAGAGCAGUUCAAACAACCCAGUUUUCAAAACAUAUCUCCUAGUCUUCAGAGAAUGCCCCCCAACAAAAAUGUAAAGAAUUUGAUAAAGCCUGGAAAGCUUAUACAGGAAGUAACUAGCACUGAAAGUAAGCUACAAAUUGACAACAAGUCCCAUCUUACCAAGCAAGAAAUAGCUAAAGAAAGCCACAAGGUGGUACAUUUCAGGGAAACUAGCCCACAACAAUCAGUUUCCCAGACCUCAAAACAAAAAGAACAAGAUGCAUCACUGACAGUCAAUACUCAGUCUGUUGAAAUGGAUACAAGAAAAGUAGAAAGCAAGAGUGAAGUAAUCUCCUUAACUAGAAGUCAAGAGCGUGUCCAAAGCCCAAAAAUAUUUAAAAAACUCCAAGCAAAAAAGGAGCAGAGUAACACAGAUAGUACUUCAACUCAAAUUAGAAAACUUGGAACAUCAGAAGACAUUUCUGGCCACCAGCAGAGACAGUUCAAAUCUCCAAAUCAGAAAAGCCUGGUUCAAGAAAGCAACAUGGCAACUCAAAAGAUUGUGAAAGAUAAGAAAGUACAUGAAAGAGAAAUGGCAGAAAAUAAAAAAAUAUUUCAUUCAACUCAGGAAUCUGUAAUCAAAAAGGAAAACACUUCAAUCGAUGUGAUUGAGUGCAUACGAAAGUGUGAGGAACUUCAAGAAAUUAUAAUAAAAAUAAAUACAUUUGAAUCAAACAUACAAACCCUAAACACUGACACGUUUACAACUUUCCUUAAUAUUAUUCCUGGUUGGUUAAUAAGUGAAGAAACAAAGAAAGUCCUAACUGAAAUGGCAUCAUCCAGCAACCUAGAUUAUAUUAGAGAACAAUUAUCUCACAUAAAGAACAAAACAGUGGAUAUGCAGUCUUACUUUGAAAGAGAUAUACAUUCAGCAAUAAAAUCAUCUACGACUAUGAAAAGCAGAAAUGAGGCCAGCACUCACAUUGGAAUAGCCCAAAAUCAAAUCAAGCCUGUCUCCAAAAAGGUAGAGAAUUCCAACAAAGUAGUUAAAGAAAAAUCUAAAAUUAAUAAUGACGUUAGCAGAGUAUUAAAUGAUAUCAGACAGACAGAGUGCAGAUCUUGUUCUCCAUCUUUAAAAACAAGAUCUCCAUCACCAACAUAUAUAACAAUUGAGUCCACAGCAAGGCGCACAGACUCUCCACACAAAGAAAGGCCACAAUGUGUAUCUCCUCUUCAAAAAGCAGAAACACAAGCACCUCCACCCCCACCAAGAUCAGUAACACCCAAAACAUCAACUCGUUCAGAGCAACUUGGUAAACUAAAAGACACAACUGCAAAGUUAUCUCAAGGAACACAGGCUCGAGCUGUCACUCCAAUUCCCGUAGUAAUUGAAAAAAAGUGUGAAAUUAUACAUUCUCCUGCUACACUAAGAAGGCAACUCAAAAUUGAAAGCCAUGCCACAGAGACAAUAUGUACAACACCAGUUCCUACAAAUUAUGUUACUGUCGGCACAAUAGGGGAGAAAACAGAAGUAUAUGAAGAAUCCAGAAAAUCAGAAGUUCAAAAAUUUAAUUCUCACCAAGAACCCAAACACAUUCCAGAAUGGCUAGGGCAAGAUGUUAUUUCAAUCACACAUAGCGGCGCCAUCCCCAAAAGUCAUGUAUUAUCCACAAGAGAAAAAACUAUUUACACAAAAGAAAAAGGGAAUUCUUCUGAAAAAUUUAAAUUUAAAAAUGAAUCAAACAAUCCUGAAGCUGCAAAUGUUCAUUUUACAGCAGACCAAGGUAAAUUCCAAAGUGAACAAAGAAAAACAGUGCAACAGGUUAAACAGAAAUCUCAGACAGAGUUCGAAGACAUUAAGUCACAAGGAAAAUCUAGAAAUGUUCCCAUAAAGCAAAUAAAGGAUUUCAAGGAUAAUGCAUCAAAACAAGUCUAUGUUAACAGGAAAAAUAGAGAUGACAUUUUCAAACCAAUGGUACAUUCUGAAACAAUAUCUAUUGCUGAACAUGUUUCUGGUGUAGAUGUGAGAGAAAUCAAAACUGAAAGGUCAACAAUAACACCAAACUUAGAAACUAUAAAGGCAGGGUUUGAGUUCAAGCAUGCACCUCCAACCUAUGAAGAUGUCAUUUCUGGUCACAUGUUGGACAUUUCUGCUACUGAGUCAUCAGAUGAAAUACUGAAGAAUUUUCAGAGGACAUGGGAAGAAAAUGAAAGGGUGUUCAAAAGUCUUGGCUACACUGUUUCAGACACUUCUGAGAUGAAAAGUAGUUACCAUCAAGAAGAGUAUAUUACUGAAAACACAUCAGGACAAGGACAUUUGCAUUAUUUGUCAAAAGAAGGUUUAUCCAAUGGAAUGUCUAGAAGCAGACAAGCAGAUCUUUCAUAAUAGCUGCUUCCGCUGCAGUCACUGUAGUAAUAAAUUAAGCUUGGGGAAUUAUGCAUCUCUCCAUGGACAAAUAUACUGCAAACCCCACUUUAAACAACUCUUCAAAUCUAAAGGAAAUUAUGAUGAAGGCUUUGGAUAUAAACAACACAAAGAACUCUGGAAUCCCAAAAGCCAAACUCUACAUGACA